UAGUCGAGAUUUGAAUACGUGUAGAAAAUCGAAUUUUUGCACGAAAAAAACAGAUAUGUCGCUGCCUGGCAAUGGAAUCUUCAUACUACGUGGCGAGGUAUCAACUCUCUUGACAGCAAUAAAUCGAUCAAAAUGGGCCACAAAUUCCUCAUCGCUCAACGAAGAGGAAUCCUCGAUCCUCAAAUCAUUGCACGACCUAAAAUCGCUUCUUCUCCGCUCCGAUGAUUUGUGUGAAAUUCCCUGCAAAACCUAUCUCGAUCCCUUUCUGCGGAUAAUUAAGAGCGACAAAACGAGUGGCACCGUAACGGGCCUUGCCCUUUCGACAAUUUACAAAGUCCUAACAUAUGGCUUGCUGACAGACGUCUCCGAAAUCGCAGAAAUUGUCGAAAAAAUCGCCGAUACCGUGACUCAUACGCGUUUCGUGGGCGCCGAUGUGGCUUCGGAUGGCGCUGUCUUGCUCAAAGUCGUCCAAAUCUUGCGCCUGCUGAUGGUAAAUCCCGAGGGAAAGUUCUUGAGCAACGAAAGUAUCUGCGAAAUUAUGUUAAGUUGCUUCCGCAUCUGUUUCGAGCCAAAAAUGAACGAUUUGCUACGAAGAACGGCAGAAACGGCGUUAAAGGACAUGGUUUUAGCGAUAUUUGUUCAACUCCCGACAUUCGUGGAAGACACCGGAAGCAGUAUGAAACCUUUCAAAAUUGGCGGAAACCUCACGGGAAUCGAUGGAAACGCAAAAACCUUGUCCAAAAGUCAAUCAAAUGUCAAAAUUGAAGUCACAGAUGCCGAACAAAGUGCGGUUCCGACAUCGCCUGAUCCAAAUUCCGUCGUUGCAGAUAAAAAUCCCGCAUCGCCGACACUCAUGACGACUCCCAUGCCCACUUCGGGACGCAUUAUCGACAUUCAAGGUCAACCGGGAGGCGUUACCCCGAAAUCCGCGUUAAUAAAUGGCAGAAUUAAAAGUCCCCGAACGCCAUCGAGACUACGGGAAGUCGCUGUGCUCGAAGAUGAAGUGGCAGAAAAUGAAGAAAAUCCGGAAGAAAGUCUCGUGGAACCUUAUGGAUUGCCUUGUGUAAGGGAACUUUUCCGUUUUUUGAUCCUAAUGUGCGACCCACUGGACAAACAGAACACCGACACGAUGAUUCACACAGGAUUAUCUCUCUUAAUGGUCGCCUUUGAGGUCUCAUCGAACCACAUUUCGCAUUUUCCGUCGUUAUUGUCGCUCGUGCAGAACGAAUGUUGCCGAAAUUUGAUCGCGCUCCUCGACACCGAGCGACUUUCGAUUUUUGCCGCUGCCCUGCAAGUCAGUUUCCUCAUUUACGAGUCCAUGCGGGGCUAUUUGAAGUUCCAACUCGAGAAAUAUUUGCUUAAAUUGUCGAGUGUCAUCGGGAACGAGAGUGGCAGAACGCAACACGAAGCCCGGGAACUCGCUUUGGAGAAUUUACUGCAACUUUGGCGAAUUCCGUCACUUUUAACCGAAAUUUACAUCAACUACGACUGCGAUUUUUACUGCGCGAACAUUCUCAAGGACUCCAUUCAGCAAAUUUCGAAAUUUGUGGUUGCCGCGACCAAUUGGAGUGACAACACGUAUCUCUUGCAUGUCGAAGCGAUCCUCACGGUAGUCGAUGCCAUCAGUAAAUAUUGCAUUCGUGGCGGAAAUGGAGUCCAAGUGAUGCUCCAAGAGGAGCUGCAGAAGCUCAAAACGGUCAAUGGCAACGAAGGAACGCCCAAAGCGGCGCCACAAUGCACUCUCGAUAUCGCGCGGCACGAACCAAAAUUCCAAAUUGGCGGUAGAACGAUACUUUUUGGCAUCCAGAAGGAAAAUCUCGUCGAAAUUGAGCGGAAAAAGGCGAUUUUGGGACAGGGAAUUGAACUUUUUAACAAACAUCCGGAUCGGGGAAUCCAAUUUCUGCAAGAGCAUAAUAUACUGAAGACGCCAAUAGAUCCGGAGGAAAUUGUCAUGUUUCUGAAGGAGCAUCCGCUGCUGGAUAAAAAGGUCAUUGGCGAGUUUAUUAGUAAGAAGAAGAAUGUGGAAGCGAAAAUUUUGAAGGCUUUUGUGCAGUCAUUUAAUUUUCGGGGAUUGUCCAUUGAUACGGCACUGAGAGCGUAUUUGGAAGCGUUUAGAUUGCCGGGAGAGGCGCCUUUGAUUUUUUUGGUGAUGGAGGAAUUUGCUGAAUAUUGGCACACGCAAAACGGAAAUCCCUUCGCAAACACCGACGCCGCAUUCCGUCUCGCCUACGCCAUCAUCAUGCUGAACAUGGAUCAGCACAACCAAAACGCGAAACGCUUAAACAUUCCAAUGACUGAGGAGGAUUUCAUCAAGAAUCUCCGUGGCUUGAACGGCGACAAGAAGGAUUUCGACGAAAACUUGCUCAUCAGCAUCUACAAUUCGAUCAAAAACGAGGAAAUUUGUCUGCCAGCCGAGCAUGCGGGUCCCGUGCGCGACAAUUACCUCUGGCAAGUGAUGCUGCGACGUGGCAGCGGACCCGAAGGCAUCUUCUAUCACAGUUUCGAGCCGGUUUACAUGGAAAUGAUUUUCCGUGCCGCCGCAAAAGUCGCCAUUGGAGUGCUCAGUAUGACGAUUGAGCGUGGCGGCGACAUUCCGUUGUACGAAAAAACGCGAGCUGCCUUCGUGCAAACGGCAUACCUGUGUUCGUUGUACCACAUGAACGACGAAUUAGACUCGCUUGUGUUGUCUUUGUGCAAAUUGACGAUGUUGCUGGGCUCGAAUCCGGAGGGCGUUCGAAUUGCAAACUACACGGCGUUCGGUCAAAGCAUCCGGAGUCAGAUAACGACGCAAACUCUGUUCGAAAUUAUUCAUUUGUACGGAAAUGGGGUGCGACAAGGAUGGAAAUACAUCAUCGACAUCCUCGUGAGACUGUUUAAAUUGAAACUUUUGCCGGAAACGUUCGUCGUUGUCGAAGAUUUUUGCGAACCGGAUGGCAAAUUUUCUCUAGUCAAGGACAGUGACAAGGAUCCGAAGGCAGAUGCGGGACUUUUUAGCAGUUUGUACACGUAUUUGAGUGCGGAAAGUCAACCGAAGGGCGCCAAUGAGGAAGAUCCGUUACUGACAGCGGCCAAAAAUUGCGUCGAAAAGUGCAACCUUGACGUGAUUUUCUCGCAAUCAAAGUUGUUGUCGUUCAAUGCGCUCGAGGAAGUUGUGGAAUAUUUGAUGUCGGUGAUAAAAUGCCCGAAGAAACAGCUGAGUGACAAGGGACAACCGAUUCCGGAUGAUAUUUUGACGUUUUCUUUGGAGAUGUUGGUCAAAAUUUUAGCUCAAAGCAAUGAACAGUUGAGUCCUGUGUGGAAUAAAGUUAGCACGGAUCUAUUUCAGGUCCUUACCUGCUCCGCCGAAUGCAACUGCGACUACAUCAUGCAUCGUCUCAACUCCGCCAUCCUGCGAAUUUCCAUCAACGCCAUGCGCAACGAGGAAAUGUGCCCGGAUGUCUUAACCACAAUGAACAUGUUCAUGUCACUUUCGCCGCAAACUGUCUACAAAAUUUCGCUGCAAGUCGCCACGGGGGUGCAUAAAAUGCUGGAAAACAGCGCGCAAAACAUCCACACGGAAAAAGAAUGGAGCAUCGUGUUGUCCAUUCUCGAGUAUUACGGAGCCGGAGUCAUGCCUGAACCGGAUGGCGGCGAAUCUGUUCAACUAAAUGCCAUUAGUUACCCUUGCAAGUUGAUAAAACAUUCGCCGGCUGCAUUCAAAAAAACUUUCAACGCAAUGUCCUUCACAAUUCGAAAUUUAUCGCACAUCACGCCGUACAAUUUUGAGCGAUGUGUUGCCAGUAUGCGAAAAUUUAUGGAAGCAGCGUUGAGUGGACAGCAACUUGUGACGCCGACACAACGUCAAACGAGUGGCGGAAAGGCACGAAGUCACCCAGCAUCGGAUGACGAGGAAUUUUUGGAAGACAUGUCGGAGCAACAUCAGAAUUUGGUGACGCAAUUGCUGGAUUUGAUGCAUACGUUGCACGCAAAAACGGCGCAAAUUUACCGUUGGUGGGCCGAGGAAGGCGGAUCGAUGCCUCAUUGUUCGGUUCUGUGGCGUCAAGGAUGGUGUCCAUUGUUACAAGGCAUGGCACGUGCCGGUUUCGAUAAACGGAAGGACAUUCGGAUGAGUGCGAUCGCUUGUUUGCAACGGGCGUUGCUUGUACAUGACUUGGAAACACUCACAGGACUCGAAUGGAGCAGUUGCCUGCAAGAUGUCUUGUUCCCGUUGCUGAAACAUCUCAUCAGUUACAACCCGGCACCGCAAGAAUUCAAUUCCGUGGAAGAAGCACGAAGUCGAACGACGUCAAUGAUGUGCAAAGUGUUCCUCCAUCACUUGCAACCGUUACUCCUGCUACCGAAUAUCAACCAAUUGUGGAUGGAUAUCCUGAGUUACAUCGAAUGUCUCACGAAAAUCGGCUCCGACGAGUUAGUAGAAGCCGUAAAAGAGUCCCUGAAGAACAUGUUGCUCGUUAUGCGAUCGAUAAAAAUCUUCACAGAUGCCGAGGAGUCCAAUUCGCAAUUUUGGGACCUCACAUGGAACCGUCUCGAUCAAUUUCUGCCCAACUUGAAGCACGAAUUGAUCGAACAGGAUCUCUUUGUGGACAACACAAAGGUUGUGCAACGUCAAAUUUCGAUCCCCAGUCCCACGGAACUCCUGCAUCAAAAACUAGAAAGCAAAGAGCAAAGCAAUACGAUCACCAUUGUCAAACCGAUGCCCAUUCAAAUGCCAUCGCAACCCGUUUUACUGCCUCCAACAUCGCCCGAAUCCUCGUCGCCACCCAUGACGCAGUCCCCCUUAUCGCAAUCGCCCCCCGUGUCGCACCCAGAACCCAUUUUACAGGAAAGAUUUUUACUAUCCGAGCCGCAUGAGACGAAAAUCGAUCCCGAAAUCGUUCCUGAACCCCAACCAACGAUUCCGGAGACGACUCACGACGACGACGAAGCAUUUGUCAGUAUUGAAAAAGUGUCGCCGCAACACAUUCUACACAACAUUCAGCAGUUAAAUGGCACGGAUACGCGUUCCGCGCAAGAUUUCAUGGAAGCGAAUUACUGCGAGACGCGCGAAACGAUUCUCAAUUUGAAUUUAGAUCUUGAGGCGGAUGACAAACCAGCGAUUGGGGUUUUUAGUCCGUCAGCGUAUUUUAACAAUGCAUUUGGAAAUGCCACGAAUGAUUUUCUGCAGAGUACGCAGCAAGAAGGCACGAAAGAAGUUGAUCCGAGACCCACUUUUUAUUAAAAAAUUUUAUUGAAAAUUGUUGUAAAUUUAUUUUCGAAAUGUUAAUGUAAAGAAACAUACACAACACAUACACACUAAAAAAUGUUAGUGCAAUUUUUUGUAUAUUUAAAUAUUC